AUGGACUUGCCACACGACUCACCCGCUGCCAACGCGCUACGACAUACCUAUCUCCGGGUUCUCCAUCCGAUCCUCAUGCACAGUCAAAUCAGCAGGCCACCGCACUACAAACGCGACGAGCUGCGGCGUCUCCUCCAUCUCCUUGUUUCGAGCGGUAACCAUUUUGCACCUGUCGAUGAAACCACGGUACGACUUGUCAAUCGAUGUACCAGCGUGGAGUGGCUACAGCCUCCUGCCGCUAAACCGCCCGGCAACGGCAACGGCAAUGGCAAUAGCAACACGCCUUCUCCUGUCGAGCAGACGGCAAAUGGCAAGAAAGAGUACGCACGAAGAGCACUUGGCAUGACCGUACAAGGGGGCAACGAAAGUACAGCUAGUGUCCUGGAAAUUGCAGGUCACACUGCGCAACCUGGAGUACAGACACCGAGCAUGACGAAGCAAGCGAAUUGA